AUGCCCACCCAUGAACCUAAGAAACAUCUCAUCUCUCUUGCAAAAGCACAAGUGCCUCAUGUGAAGAUUCUACCAGUCAGCAAUUCCCUUCAUGACCUGCUUGAUAAACCAGUCCCACAGACAGAGUGGCACCGGGCAUUGACAGGGAUGAAGCGAGAAGACAUGAUCUUUGCUGCUGCAAGGGUCCUGAUUCCUCCUGACCCCAUCCCUGUCCCCUGCAUGGAGAGGAGCCAUGGGAGGAUCCUCAAGCGUACUCUGCUUGUCCUUGUUGCUGAUUACUUGCACAAGAAUGGUUAUGAAGACCUGGCAGAGAGCAUGUUGGCUGAAGAAGCUCGGGGAUAUCAAGUGUGUGACAACAUUGACCUUGAGCGAAUCCUCAUUGACUAUGAGGCAUUCUAUACCCAGAAAUUCAGGAAGUUGCCUCAGUUGAUCAAAGCAGUGGAGGCUCAUGAUUCAAAUGGAUUGAAGUGCAAACAACAUUUGCAACCCCGACCAGUGACAAAGAGGGGCAAGAACAAGAAGGAGGAAGUAGAGUCAAGGAAGAUGCCAGAUCCUGAUUUCCUUCUCCUUGCCCACAAUCCCCAGCAUAGCCUGGUGAGAGCAGAGCAAGAGCCAGACUCAUCAGACAAAGAUGCACUAGAGCAUGAUUAUUUUUCACUGGAAGAGUGUGGUGUUGGUGGGAUGGAGGUGAUAGGACUGGAGAAAGGGAAGCAGGUGAUUCGUGAAGCUAUUUCCCUGUCCCCAUCUCAGUUGGAAUUCCUUGCAACUGCUGGCAUUCGUCCUUGGAGGACUCUUCUCCUUUUUGGACCUCCUGGCACUGGUCACCUUCCUUUUCAGUAUUUCUUUUGUAACUCUGAAGUAUUUGACCUUUUGCUCUUUACACUCUUUUGA